AUGCGCCAUAGUCACCCUAAGCUUCAUAAACUGAGGCGAUGCACCUCAUUUGAAUGGAUCUAUAAUACCUGUGACAAUUCUGAUGAUUCAAAUGAUGGUCGUAUGGUCAUUCGCUUGGGGGAAGAUGUCGCGAUUUAUCCACUAGAUGACCGUGCAGUUCAAAUGCAAGAUGGGAGUUUACCAGUGAUGUCAUAUUGGUAUGGUAAAGUAGCUGAGAUAUAUCUGAAGACUGGUCGACAGGCACAGGAAAGACGUUUGGCUCAAAAUUCAGUGGUAUUAUCGGAAGUCUGCGUCGGUGAAUAUGAGGUCGUUCUGAGUAAUCACACGUCUGUGGUUGAUAUGUACUGUGUCGAGGAUCAUGCAAACAUCGUCCCAUAUGAUGAAGAAGAUAUAGCGCAACAUCAGAUACCCACGAUGACCCUGUACAAUCGUUGGACAAUAGAUAUCGAAUUUUCAAGGCGCAGAAAUGUGAUGUACAUGGAAGGGGUUAAUAUCCGUCUCACCGAAGAUGCAGAACUGCCAGACAGCAACGCAUUGCGCAUGAAAUGUCAUCAGUGGUUUAACGAGAAAUGUGUCGUCGAUCUUGGGCGUCAGCUGCACAGCAAUGUCAAGGUCACUAUGCCACCAGUUUAUCGUGGUAUCGACUUCGACCCACGAUUUAUGUCGCUCCUGACUAUGCCAAUUCGACGAGGGGGAUCAUGUGGAAUAGUUGGCAAUGCAGUAAUAUUAAUAAAGGUAAAGGCGCUCCUUGAAGAGGCUAGGAAAAUUGGACGACUGCCCGAGGGAUGGAUGGACACGUUGGACCAAGCGAUGCUACUUAUAGGCGAUGCUAUUAUUCCUCGAUACUACUGCAUCAAUUGUACAACGGCGGUAAUCUAG